CUCUCUCCCUCCCCCUCCCCUCUCAUCCCUUCUCUCCUACACCUCAGGUUCCAAACAUUGUUCCAUCAAUCAGUGCUGUAAUAGGAGGGAGCACCCCUGAGCGCUACAUAUGGCGACUCGGGAUCGCGUUCUUCAGUUUCCCCCGCACGUUUGAGUCCUUCAUAUACCACAACUUCUUUUCCACCUCGCCGGGCCACGCUGCAUCGGCCAGUAAUUCACAUCUCAACAAGCUGGUGUGGCUACUACACGUGGGACAGUGCUUGUCACUCUUCAUCCUUACUUACGUCUCCUCCACUGAAUAUUAUGAGGUGCACCGGAAUGGCUUCAUCGGAUUCAUCGCAUGUUCCAUCCUCCACAUGCUGGCUUUCCUGUUCCUGUUCUGGAGAGUACGAACACCUUUCUCGCCCAGGGACAGAAAAUCAUUUCGGUUGCGGGUCUCGUUUACCAUUCUCCACAUUUUGUUCUUCGUCACAAGUAUCUACUUCUUCAAGCGCCACAAUGACUACUGCGAACCGUACAUGUACAGUUUGUACGGGGCCUUGGAGUAUCUGGUGGUGUUCACCAACAUUGCCUUCCACACUGUGGCGACUGUGGACUUUGGAGAAUACCAUCUCACCCUCGCCCCUCUCACCUCAUUCAAAUACAGCUAGCCACGCCUCCUCGUUAGCGGACGGCGUGUGCGUCGUGUGUUGUAGGCUCGUACAGUUUCUGUUUUGUUUUCACCUCCUGCAAUCUUGUAUUAUUAUUGUGGAAACUUGGGUCUACUGC